CAGCUGCCCUGAACCAGAGCACGGCAAGCAGCGAGCUCCCCGGCCCCGAGGAGGCCGGCGGUGACAGCAGCCUGCUGGUGUCCCCGCUGCUGGUGGCGGGGGUGGUGAUCGGGCUGGUGCUGUCCCUGUCCUGCGCCACCAUCGUGGUGGGCAGCCUGAGGAAGGAGCCCCAGCCGCGGACAGAGCCUGGCUACGCUCCAGAUGGCAUCUCUCACGGUGGCUCUUCCGGAGAGCUGAGAUCCACCUGCAGCGAGGAGUUUCCCCAGGCUUGUGACUUUGGUUCCUAUCUGGAUAUACUUUCUCAGGUCAGCAUCAUGUAUCCUGACCCACCUCCACGCUAUGAUGAAUGUGUGGGGCCAGGAGCAACACAAAUAUAUAUUCCCACAGAUGAUCCCCCCCCAUACUCUCUCAUGGACCCUUGUCAAGGGAAUGAAACAUCUAUAAACAUCUAUAUUAGCCAGGAAGAGGAAGCAGCACCUGGGACUACAGGACAGGCUGCAAAUUCUGCAGUCAGGCUGCAGGACUUGCAGCAGCCCGUUCCAUCAUCUCUGUCACCUCUCUCCCUGGAGGCUGUGCCCCUGUUCAAAUCAGUGGGGUGUGAACAGAAUAUCCCCAUCCCACGUGCCCCGGCAGAGGUACAGAGCAAUUCCUCCACUAUCAGACCCCAGAUCACGUGAAUAGAAGUGGCUCUUUCCUUCAGUACUUCUGAAGAACUCAGACCCACAAAAACGUUUAAAUGGAAGAACAAAACCUCUGGAAGUUUUACCUAUUUUAUAUCUUUAAACAGGGAUGCAACGGGAUUUGAGUUUUUACAGUGACUUUUUAAAGUUUCCCUAAACUUCCCUCUUUGUGCUUCAAAGUGUUCCAUGACCUCACACAGCAUGAAAGAGCAGCAGUGACAAGCAGAACACCCGACCUUCCUGAAGCACUUCAAAACACAUUGAAAUCAGACACUCCCAAUGGAGAUACGAGUUACCCAGGCAAGCCUACCUGUUGAUGUUAUGAGACUUUGCAUGUUUUAGAGCAGAAGGCAAAAGAAGAGCAUUUUCUUGUC